AUGCGGAAAUCUAACGAGACGGCCAUAUACCUACGAAAACGGCCUAACCAAACUACCACCAGGAUCAAUCGUCCGACCGUGUCGUUAAUUGAGCAAUUGACAAUGUCAGUGCCGUUGAAACCGCUGUCAAUCGACUUUCAUAACAGGCAGCUGGAUUCAAAACAGAAGAAGUUUCACGCUAACAUUGAAAGAGCUUUACAGCAUUUCGAUUCCGUGACGGAAUGGGCAGAUUAUAUUGCUAGCUUAGGUAAACUUUUGAAGGCGCUUCAGAGUUGGACACCGCAAUUUCAGAACGUGAAGUAUUACGUGCCGUUUCCCUACCAAGUGAGUAGACGGUUGUCGUCAUCCUUGUCCCCUAACCUGCCCUCUGGUGUACAUUUGAAGACCAUUGAAGUCUACAGCUUCAUCUUCAGCAAAAUAGGAAUCGAUUCUUUGAGUAGAGAAUGCAAUAUUUGGGUACCUGGAAUCCUACCUCUUAUGUCUUACGCUUCGAUAACGGUGAAAGGACCUUUGAUUGAGCUCUACGAAGAUUACCUGAAUCAGCUCUCUCCCUCUGCGUUGCGUUUGCUCAUCAAGCCACUAUUGGCUAGUCUGUUCCCUGAUAUUGAUGAUGAGAGCAGCGAAUCGCAACCUGCCACCCUCAAUCUUUUGGAGACCCUUCGAGAAAAUAUAGCAGACGAACCACUUUUCUGGCAGAGCUGCUUUAUGGUGAUAAUCAAUAACAAAGAGAGAAGACUCGGCGGCCUCGCAUGGCUAACCAAAUAUCUUCCUUCUCUCAAUGCGGUACCUCACAAAGUUCAGAGAAACAAGACUGGAGCGGAUACUUCGCAACGGACCGCUGAAUCAGUUCAAGAUUCACCCAAACUUAAACGUCAAUCAGCUCUGGAUUUGUUACUCCCUGCAGCCAAGGACGUUAUACAUCCAGAACCGGGCUUACUGAUGCGGUGUCUGUUAUGUUGCUUAGAAGAGGACAACGAAUUACUUAUAAAGAGAGGCAUUUUAGACCUUCUGCUCCAACGCGUUAACCUCGACUCACCUGUUCUUCAAGAACUGUCUUCUAGUUCCGAUCGAAAUCUUUUAAUGAUGAGCUGUUGCAAAACUAUGUUAACAAGAGACAUGUCCAUUAGUAGAAGAAUAUGGAAUUGGCUAUUAGGGCCGGCAUCCAUUGGAGAAAAGUCUCAAAAGCAAGCAAUCGAUUCAAACGACUACUUUUCGCGUUAUGGAGAAAAAAUGCUAGAGUCCGGCCUUCGAUUGAUGAUAGAUCAAGAGGAUGAAGCGCCAGAUGCCUACAAAAUCUGCCUGGCUGUUAUGGACCGGUGGGAAAUUGCAUCUCGCAUUAUACCGAUAACAUUCAUCCCACUCAUAUCAGCUGCAUACCAAUUUCGAUCUAAUAAUAUCAUCAUGAAAAAUGCGUCUGCGUUCUUUGAUGCAGUUGAAACCAACAUAAUUUGCAGUCACCUCUUCGAGACUGCAGUUCUGCGAAAAGACCUCAACCUUCUCAAAUUCAUCCUUUGUAAUUUCAAAAUCGGACAUGAUGAAGAAAUAAUAAUUCGCCAUUUACCACUGCUGUUACUGGCGAUCCUUUGUCGGCAAAGCGACUUUGAUGACGCUAUGUUUUUAACGGUAUGUGACAUUUUGAUAAACUUUAUUCCGGAGCGUGCCUACCUUCCUGUCGAACAUUCAAGCUUCUGUUCGGAAGCCGAGCGAGAAAUGCCGGACGUGUUUUCUUCCAUAGAACGUUUUUAUUCAAGGUUUUUGGGAACGGCAUCGGUCACACACUUGAAUGAGUCAUCAGACUCAGGCCCUCCUUUCUCAACAGAAGACUUGACGUUUUUGAUAUUUUCAAAAUUACAAACUUGCCUUUUAUCCUACUCCAAAGAAGCAUGCAAUUUCAAUAUCUGUGCAGACGUAUUUGUGACCUUUAUUGAUAAAGUCCCUAAAACUUACGAGGAAGAGAAACGUAUAGGAGCUUAUGGUGCAGGUGAAAUUGCCAGCAAUUGUUUGGUACGGCCUAUUAUCAAACAGCUAUUUGACUCCAAACAAGUCCUAGAAUCUGGUUCUAAUGAAUCUAUUUUUGGGUGGAUUGCAAUUUACAACAAGUACUUAGCAAUCGAGCUUUCAGUGAUGGAGGCCGCUAUGUUAAGCAAGACGCUGGUUAAGGGCCUUUGGCCAUACUUGGUGGCUUCUAAUACGCAAAUUGAAGCAGUCAAAAGCUUGGACGAAUUGUUUACAUGUCACCAAGGAAAGUAUUUAGAAAGCGCACUUUCAUUCGCUUUUGUCCAAGAAUCAGAUAUCAACAUUAAAAUAAGUGCACUUGACGCACUCUGGAUUCACUCCGAAAAUGUUGUGUGUUUGGCUCGAAGACCGCUGGAGCUAGUCUUGGAUGAGCUAUUUGACGACCAAACUCCAAGCUAUCUAUGCGUUUCGCGAUGGGUGUCGGGAGUCAUCAAGCAAGGUCAUUCGAAGAGGCUCUUCCAUAUACUUUGUGAAAAUCUCUUGAAGCAUUGUUUGCUCCAAAAGUCUUCGUUAGAUGAACUGGAUGACACUGACUCAUUUGUUUACUACUGCCAAAUUCUCAUUAAUACCUUGCAAGUUGAUCAUUCGCUCGUGUUGAAGUCUUUUAAGGCGGAACAGACUUCAUUAGAGCACACGGAAGAUUGGGAAGGUGAAGACAUUUCUAACUACAAAAACCUUGCGAUUGCAGUUUCAAUCAAGUUUUUGAAAAUCAAGAAUACUACAGGCUCUAGUGUUCAAACUGUUCUAACCAUGCUGGACAUUCUUCUUGACAGUACAGAACAAGACUUUCAGAAUAUCGUUACCUUCCUCCUGGAUAUAACCAGCAAAACAUUCAAUGCUUCAAGUCAAGAGUCAGAUCUAAUAUGUGUCUCUCUGAUGGGCAUCAUCUCAAAGGUUCUCGCUUUAUCGUAUCGUGAGCAGAUUAGGUUGGGUAUUCUCGCAGACCACAACUCUCACCUCAGAUAUAUCGAUUUUCUAGUGACAGGGGUUUCUGAUAUGAGAAGACCUCUAAUCAUAAAUUCCUAUGUCAAACUUUUGUCAGAAAGUCUAGUUUACUUCCAAAGUUCGAUAUAUUCGAUCAUUUUGCCCUUGACAACCUCAAUCACAGGUUGUAUAAAGACACUGUUUGACGGUGGUAAUGAAAAAGGCGAAAAUUUCCAAUCAAUAGCCUAUCUCCUCAAUGGACUACAGGAGCUCAUGGAGAUUUCUCAUAGCUACCUUUCGGCGGAGGAGAGUGGUGGGCAUAUAGGAGCGGCCCCUUCUAGAAACGAAUUUUUACAAAAUAUGGUCGCCAAUGUGUUCUCUAACGACACAAGUGGUAAUGACGCUAGGCUUCGACAUGAGCGCGAAAUUGUGGUUCAAUCUUAUAAACUAGUCGUCCAUUGUUGUCUAGAUAUUUGGAAUUGGGCACACUUACAAUCAAAAAGUCAAGGCUUCGAAAAAUCUGAAUUGGAGGCAGGUCUUUUUCAAGAUUCUUCACAUCAUCAAGCAUACAAAUAUAAGUCGCACUCUAAAAAGCUUCUGAGUGCACUUUUCACAUUAGAACCCUUAGAAGUCCUAGAAGAGCUGAUUUCGUUGCAUCCCGAUAACAUUAGCCUGACGUUAAUCCAAUCACUCGACGGGAACAAACCCAUACUUACUCUCCCCCAUCUGUUUCAGGCCAUCGUCUACCGCUGUAAUAAGCUUUCAGCGGUUAACUUCUCUAACACGACCGCAUCGAAGGUCUCGCCCAAUCCCCUUUUAAUUAAUCAACUAAGUGCCAAUACCUUGCUCAAAUUUAUGUUGAAUUAUAUGACCGAGCUUGAAAGCGCCGCUGUUGAAGACUUCUACGGGGAUUUUUUGUUGUUCAUAAAAGAGAUCUCAAAUUCUCCUCAGCAUUACAAGAAUCUAUCACCUUUGUUGUUGAGGAUGGUUGCUUUGAUAUCUGACAAAGUUCAUCAUUCAAGAUUUGGGGAAGAGAGAAAGGUCAAAAGAGAGCUCUCUGAUACGUGUAGUAAGUAUCUUCAAGGUGCAUUGGCCGAGGAAGUCAACCCCCUUAGCUUGGAGGUUUAUCGCAACCUGAAGUUUGUCUGCUCGAGACUCAAGUACAUCGUUGUGGACUAUCCAUUAGGAGACAAGUUUAAUUCCUGCCUUUCUACUAUAAUUCAAUCUGCGAUCAGUCCAGUUUUCAAAAAGCAACAAGGGAAGACGAUACCAGCGCAUGUCAUUGAUUUGCUGUAUACAGUCUCGCAGAUGGCAAGCAAAGUCAAGGCCUUCAAAUCAUUGAUUAACGACGCAUUCGUCAGUGACAAGAAGUUUGCAUUAUUCGAAACGCAUCCAUUAUGGAGCAAGAUUGUUUUCGAAUGGUCGAAUUAUGCCGAUAAUAAGGAAAGACUCAUGAUUGAUUUACUUGCAUCUAUAAGCACGAAAAGCAACGCGAUCGGGCCAAAUAUCAAUCCGUUCACCGCUUGGAGUGACUCGGAGAUUGAAAUCAAAUGUCACGACAUGGUGCGCAUCAGUUACUUGUUGCUCAUCUCCCCUCGGGACUAUUAUCUACUGAAUUUCAAGACUGUGAUGGUUCAAUUAGAGCAAAAUUUGAUGUCAGAAGAUCCUAAAAUUCGAUCGUGUUGCUAUUUGUUAUUGAGAUGUGUUUCACUGCAGUUUUCACCUCUCCAUUUUGCGGAGUAUUGGAGCAUGCUUUCAUACCACUUACAGACUGGCUUACAAAAAUUCUACGAAAGCUUACAAAUGCAGCAAGACACCGAUGCAAACGUUGUACUACAGUUAGCGAAAUGCAUUGAUUUGAUUUUGACCCUGAACUUUGAAGAGUUUUCAGCGAGCUACGAAUGGCUUUUUGUCAUCGAUACCAUAAAUUGCAUCUACAAGACUGAUCCGUAUAUCAGCUUGGCCGACGAAAUUAGCGAUUGCAAGGAUUUCAUGAAAAGUGAGGCCAGUGAAUUUGAACUAGCGGACCACUCCAAGCAUCGAGCCCCAUUGCUGAGAGGUAUUCGAGAUAUUCAAACCCAUACGCAGUUAAGAAAAUUCUUCUUGACUCUAAGCUACGCCCAUUAUGAACAAAUGUAUUCUCUCGAAAAACCGGAUGAAAGUACUUGUCGUGACGAUGUUUUUGGGGAUAUCUUCGCUUUUAUUGCGGGUUAG